UAUUUAUUUAACGGUUUGUGGUACUGUAGAAAUGAAGGUUCAGGUGAUUUUUAUUUUAGCCUUAUCUCUCAAUAUGGUGGUGAAUAAAGUGAUUUUGGUUGGAGGCGACUGUAAGCUCGACUGUUUAAAACGUUAUCUUAUGUGUGAUGAUCGAUGCAAACGAAUGCCUUUCCGUGAAGAGACAUGCUACUUAGAAUGCAAGAACACAUUAUCAGAAUGUCUGGAUAAACCAUGUGCGAAAUUUGCUGAGGACUAUUAUGAAAGAUACAGUUAAUUAGCUGUCAUUAUUUCUUCUAGAAAAAAUAUAGAUUCGUUCACUUUUGUAUAUUUACGCUAACUCAGUGGUAAAAAGAUCCGCUUCACUAUAUACAGCUAAAUAUUUUACCUUAUCAAAUAAAGUCGAAGAAUAAGUGAAAUAUUUGAUGUAUUUUUUUACUUUGCUUAUUGAAAAGGAAUAAGUAUUUUUGCUUUGGCCAGUAAGAGUGAAUAAUAUAAAAUCAUUUACAUUGAUUUCAUCGAAUCUCUGGUAACAGGUAUAAACAGUCUAGGAAAGGAAUCAGUAAAUAACUACUCAACUUGAUUGAAAAUUACCGAGUUAUUGUGCACCAAUGCUCAGAACAAGGAAUAAGCAUCGAAAAUAUUAAUAGUUCAAAUCAGAGCUUUAAAAAAAACUAGCUUUCAUUUUAAUACCAUAUCAAAAAUACAAGAAAUGUAGAAUUUCCUGUUUGGCAACAGUAUGUGUUUCCUGCGAUAAACAUAAACCACCGAAAGAAAAAGUAUAAACUACGCGUAAACGCCAAUUAUUUUUAAAAUUUCCCCCACAGUGGAACCCUGAUGAUAAGCGACUGAUAUUACUUCAGUGAUAAUGUUAAAGAUAAAUUCAAACUUUCUUGGCUAAUUAUUGCAUUCCCAACAUUUUGGACGAUUACAAAUCAAACGAUCGGUGAUUUUAAACGUAUAGGGUCUGUUCAAGUUCAUAUUACAGUCUACGCAGUAAGUGUUUAGUUGAAUAAGAAUCAUCGGCGAGACUCUAAUUUAUGGACG